UUAAAAACAGUGAUACUUUCUAGCAAACAACCACCAUAUUUUGGGUUCUAUUCUAUCUCCAAGACCAGAGCACGGAAAACCCCAAACCAAACCAACCUUCUUUGGCGCCAUGGCCGAAGCCCAACAGCUUCUGGUGCAGCGUAAAUCACAUGCGAGAGUUUUGACGCUAAACAGGCCUAAGCAAUUGAAUGCUCUCUCUUUUUAUAUGGUUUCUCGACUGCUCCAAAUUUUAACUGAAGAUGAGGAAAAUUCUGAUAUUAAAUUGGUUGUCGUGAAGGGAAAUGGAAGGGCAUUUUGUGCUGGUGGUGAUGUUGCAGCUGUUGCUCGUGAUUCAAGUAAAAGUGACUGGAGGUUUGGUGCAAAAUUUUUCCAUACCGAAUAUAAAUUGAAUUACUUGAUGGCAACAUAUAGUAAGCCCCAGAUUUCAAUUCUUAAUGGAAUUGUCAUGGGAGGUGGUGCUGGUGCAUCUGUACAUGGAAGAUUUCGUGUUGUUACAGAAAAUACGGUCUUUGCAAUGCCAGAAACUGCUUUGGGUUUGUUUCCCGAUGUAGGUGCCUCAUAUUUCUUGUCUAGACUACCCGGAUUUUUUGGAGAAUAUGUUGGUCUUACAGGUGCUAGGUUGGAUGGUGCAGAAAUGCUUGCUUGUGGUCUUGCAACACAUUUUGUUCCUUCAUCGAAAUUGUCUUUAUUGGAAGAAGCAUUAUGCAAAGUGGAAACUAGUGAUCCAAAUGCAGUGUCUGCAAUUAUCAAUAAGUACUCAGAGCAACCUUUUCUUAAAGAGGACAGUGUUUAUCACAGAAUGGCUGUGAUCAACAAAUGCUUCUCUAGAAAAUCAAUUGAGGAAAUAUUAUCUUCUCUUGAGAUGGAGGCUACAAGUAAGGCCGACAGUUGGAUUUCUGCAACUAUUCAAACCUUAAAGAAAGCAUCUCCGACAAGCCUUAAAGUCUUUCUUAGAUUGAUUAGAGAAGGAAGGCUCCUAGGUGUUGGUCCGUGCCUUGUUUGUGAAUAUAGGAUUGUUUGUCAUAUUCUAAAAGGACACUACAGCAAGGAUUUCUUUGAGGGUUGUAGGGCUAUAUUGAUAGAUAAAGAUAGGAACCCAAAGUGGGAACCUUCCAAACUGGAGCUUCUUAGUGAUAGUGAUGUUGAUCGAUACUUCUCUAAGCUUGAUGAUAAAGAUUGGGAAGAUUUUGAGCUUCCUAAAAGGUUCAACAAUCUGCCUACAUAUGCUAUUUCAAAGUUGUAACGCAUCAACAAUCUCAUCUUUUCAGGCCAAAAGUAUAGAAGACAAGUAUCACACUAUUCAAUGGAUUUUGAAUGUUUCAAUAUGGCAGUAUGGAUAGCCAGCGUUAUGAUUGAUAAGAUUUUAAAAUUAGUGAAUUCUACAAAUCUAAAAACAAUAAAUAGUAAGAUUAAGAAAUGGUACGAGAUUUCCAACUUGUGUUACCGCCAAUGCAUUUGUAGACGGUGUAGUUUUACAAUUUGCAUGACAUUUUGA